AUGGCUUUCAUUGCCACUCCAGCUUUCUCAAAUCUUUAUCGAGGUGGUCUCCUCACAACAGCCACCGUUCCUAUCACAAAUGGUGUCUCAACUACCGUUUUUCCCACAAAUGAUCCCACUUUUAUCACCGCUUCUAACAUGCCCUUCAAUCCGUAUGAAAUGGGAAUCACUUCAAGUGCGGCAAAUGGAAUGUUUGGGAUGGCUGUUGGAAUGAAUGAAACGACACGAAUUGUGACAGCUCCAUCAUCAGAGAAAAAGCCGAUCCUCGAUCCAUUCGAUCCAGCCGCUGUUGUACCUUUACCGAAUCAAUUGGAGGAUCAAUUUGGACCUUUUACGACUUCUGUAUGGAAACGAAAUGAACGAGAGCGUUUCCGAGUGAGAUGUGUAAAUGAUGGGUAUCAAAGAUUGCGUAAACAUUUACCCGUCGCCGAAGAUGAGAAAAGAUUAUCGAAAGUGGACACUUUGCGAUUGGCGAUUCGAUACAUUCGACAUUUAGCUGAGAUUGUUCGCAAUGAUCAACAUUUAAUUCAUUGCAGAUGUUUCGAGAAUUUCACCGAACAAUCCGAGGGUCAUGUACAGAUUUUGCUUGCUGCUAAUGGAAGACGACAC